AGUAGAAUAUGCUUUCUAGUGUAAAUUCCGAGACACUCGGUCUUGGCCACUCCAACGGCGACCACCAACAAGCUUCGACACGGUUAGUUACACGAGGCGCGCCACGCCGCUCGACUCUAGACCUUCCACCAAAAAACCCACCACUAUCCACCCGUCACCAUGGCUGCCGCCGUCGACCUUCGGUUUCCCUCUGGGGCGUGGGCGUGGGCCGGCUCAGCACUGGCUCUGUAUGCACUGCUCUGCGCGCUGCUGCGACACCGGCAGCAGCACGCCAUGGAAGCCGCACACCCGUUUCCCACGCGCGCGUCGCUGGCAUCCAUGACGCAUGCGCAGGCGUACGAGAUCCAAAAAUGGCUUGGCGAGCAAGAAUUCCCGUCCGUAAUCGCCGGCUCCAUCUUCUUUGCCCUCUUCAAGACCUACAGCGUGCCGUCCAUCUCGCAGCUGCUCGCGCAGACGGGCGAGAUCGGCCGCUGCGGCAACGGAAGGCGCGACGUCGAGAAAACGUCCAAGCGGGCGGCCGACACGAGUGUGCUGCUGACCAACAUGGUGGUCGCGCGGCCGCAGUCGGCGCGCGCCGUGCAGGCGGUCGCGCGCACGCGGUUCCUGCACGCGGCGCACCGGCGCGCCGGCCGGAUUUCGGACGAUGACAUGCUGUACACGCUAAGCCUGUUCACGCUGGAGCCGAUGCGCUGGGUCGACGAGUUCGAGUGGCGUCGUCUGAGUGCGGCCGAGCGCUGCGCCGUGGCGGCUUUUUGGAAGGCGCUGGGCGAGGAUCUUGAUGUGCCGUAUCGCGCCCUGCCUUCCUCGCGCGCUGCUGGUGGUGCGGGUUGGGUGGACGGGCUGCACUGGCUGGAGGAGCUGGAUGCCUGGCGCCGCGAGUAUGCGGCGCGCCAUGUCCGCCUGCACGAGAGUAAUGUUGCGCUCGCCGCGGCGACGCUCGACAUUGCGCUGUUCGAGCUGCCCGCCGUGCUGAAGCUGGCCGGCCGCCACGUGGUUUCCAUCUUGCUCGGGCCAGAGGUUAGGGAUGCCGUCGGACUCCCCCCUCCACCAGCGCACUACGAGACGAUAUUCCGGAUUGCCGUCGCGGCGCGCAAGUUCGUCGUGCGUCACCUGUGUCUGCCGCGGCCGCACUGGCUGCGGAUGCGACACCUCCUCGACGACCCGGACCCGCACACGGGCCGGUACCACGUGGCGCGCUGGAUCGCGCAUCCUUGGUACGCGCGGCGCGGCCGCUGGGGCCCGCGGGCGUGGCUGCGCUGGGCGCGAGGCGGCGUGGAGGAUGAAAACAGGUUCCACGCCGAGGGGUACAAGAUCCGCGAGGUCGGGCCGGCGCGGCUGGUCGGGAAAGGGGGCGAUGAGAUGGAUGAGAUUGAGCAGAGCGUGAGAGCGAGGAGGGGAACGUGUCCGGUCGCGACUUUGUAGUCUGGUGGGAUUGUUGUAGACUAUAUACUAGACAUAAUAGAUAUAGGCCAUAGUGUGUUCCACGCUUUCAUAGACAAUGACCCUAAUUAACGCACUGCAACAUUGGUUCGAGGCCGGUGUCCGGUCUCAGGGGUAUUUACUCCCG